GCAGUCUAUCUGGGUUCACCAAACCUUCAGAAGUGAUAGUAAAGGCAGUAUGGCAGCGCGCAUGGUUCAAAUACUAACGUGAAGGUCUUUUUUCGGGGUGUACGUGGACACAUAUUAUCCCGCUAGAAGGCAAAGAGGACGGACAGACGUGUGGCAGGCCAGACACAUAGACAAUGUCUAAGAUAUCUAAAGCAGCCAAGGCAGUGAAAAAGUUGGACACUGGAGGUGUGAUCAGAGCAAUUGUAAGGUCUGGACAAGCGGCUCCUGGGCCUCCACUGGGCCCCAUCCUGGGACAGAAAGGGAUUCCCAUCGGGGCCUUUUGCAAAGACUUCAAUGAGAAAACCAAAGAGCUCAAAGAAGGUAUUCCUCUUCCCAUCAAGAUCAAUGUGAAGUCGGACAGGACAUAUGACCUGAAAAUUGGGCAGCCCACUGUGUCUUACUUCUUGAAACAAGCCGCCGGCAUUGAAAAAGGAGCCGGAAAGACUGGGCAUGAGAUCGCAGGUAUGGUGACGGUGAGGGCCGUUUAUGAGAUCGCACGGGUCAAAUCACAGGAUGACAGCUUUAAGCUACGAGACACCUCAAUGCAGAAUGUUGUCAAGAGCAUCAUCGGUUCAGCCAGAUCCCUCGGCAUCAAAGUUAUCAAUGACCUGACACCAGAAGAGUACGGGGAGUUUCUCCGAGAGCGUGAGGAGAGACUGAAGGCAGAAGCCGAGGCAGCAGCCGCUGAGGCAGCAGCAGCAGUUAAGAAGAAAUGAAGAGCUGCUGUGUGCUUGAGUUAUUUAUCAAUGCAAAACCCCCAUUCAUGUGGAUUCUUACUAUUCCGGACGUGUUUUUCUAAUAAAAUGCUGCUCAAUGCAUCCAAAUGUAUUAAGGUGUAUGUUUUCCUCUGUAUCUCUCUUUGUUGUCUCCUGACUUUUUUUCUACCUCCCCUACUUUCUCUUUUCUUUUCUCUGCC